AUGCUUCAGGCCGCCCAGGCUUGUCAUUCCUGUCGAGACCGGAAGAAACGAUGCGACAGAGCCCUGCCGGGAUGCUCUGACUGUCAGAGGCGACAGGUACAAUGUCAGUACAGCCAGAAAGUAGAGGAGCGUGGAAUGGUAGAGUCGCUAGAACAGAAAUUGAUGUCCCUGGAACGGUCAAUAAGAGAUGCCGAAAAUGCUUUUAUUGAUCAACAAGAACAACAGCUUUUCCCCGUUUCUCGACUUGAGCGUGGCAUUCAGUAUGAAGUAUCAUAUCCAGUCUCAAAGCGAUGGUACUUUCCAAUGUUACUACAUUUCAGAUUCCACUCUAUGGUCCCGGCAACCAAAAAUCUGAGUUCAGAGAGCGCUGCAUACAAGUUGCGUACAGCGUGGGUAAACGGAUAUCUCAAUAACCCAGCCAUGUUCCAUGGUGUCAUGUACGCUGCUUCUGCAAACCUCGACCUUAUCAACGGAGAGCACGACAACCCGGUGACCAAUUUUCAUCGUGCAGAGGCAAUUCGAUUAGUACAAAGAACCAUCUCAUUUCUAGAACCGCAUGAUGAGUUGCCACUCGCGGUGCUUGCUGCGACCUGGGCAUUGGCACAUGUUGCUAGACUCAAUGGAAGCACUUCCGAAGCACAGCUUCACGAGGUUGGGCUCGCACAGAUGAUACGUUGUAAGGGCCAGAAUGCAGAUUUAGGGUUCGACGGAGCACUGUCAUUCCUAAUUAUGCUGAGCGAUAUCUGGAACGCUGUUAUUAAUGAACAAGAUGCCACUAUCGAUUUCAUUAAUGAGCUCCAACCUCCGUAUAUUGCUCAACCAAGAAGAACACUUCUCUCAAACGCCCUGCGAUAUACUCCAAAUGAGGGAUUACUAUCGAAAGACAUCAUCUUACUCCUUCAUAUGAUUAAUGAUUCACGGAGUGGAGUUUAUACCGAUGAUACGAUAACCCUCAUAGAGGAUCCCUUAUGUCAACCUUCGUCAUCUCAAUCGUCCAUGGGUAAGCCACCUAGUGAUCUUACCUACAUUCUCAUGCCACUGCUACAAGCGGAGAUGCUUGCCUCGGUGCAACGGCAAGACUAUAUAUCCGAGUGUUGUUGUCUCGCAGCGAUGAUAUAUUGCCAUGUCUUGUUCACUAGCCUCCCAUUCCUUUCGCCUGGAAACGAAUCCAUUGCCAACCAGCUUUUUGUCACGCUUCAGCACUGUGAUGGAGAGCAAUGGAUGAAUAAGGCACCCGACCUGCACCUCUGGGUCUGUUACGUUGGUGCAUUGGCUUCACGUAAUCGGGUGCAACGAGUUUCAUUUCUGGCAAGGUCAAAGACUUCUGUUGUUAUCCUCACUUCGGAUCGGACUCUAGGUUUCCAAGACGGGGUUUCGCAUCUUUUAUGUCUUUCGAGAUAUGUGAAACAGCGACAGCAUAUUUUUUGA